AUGGCGCCACCGACGAAUCGCCCAAGGGACUGGCGACAGAUGUUCCUGGCGCGCCGGAUCACGCACGCCCGGAUAAAGGGCCAAAUGAGGCGCCAGGCGGCCGCCGAGAUCGCGGUCCAGAGGCUGCUCGAGAGGGCCGAGGAGGAGGAGGCUCGCCUGUGGGAGCCCUCACCACCGCCGCCACCACCGGCAGUAACCCCGCCACCACCACCACCGGCGACACCGCCAACACCACCGCCACCACCACCGGCGACACCACCACCGGCGACACCACCGCCACCAACACCGGCGACACCACCGCCACCACCACCAGCGACACCGCCCCCACCACCGCUGCGGGAGCAGCAGGAGGCAUGGCGGAUCGCAGAGGAGCGACGGGUGGUCGAGGCUGACGGCGGGACGUGGCAUGAGGCGGUCGUCACAUGGAGAUGGCCGGCACAGGAGUGCGGGAAGAGGACGCGAGCAGAGGACGAGGAACUGGCAGCGACGCCGAAAAUCGCGCGGCAGGCCUCGUGCCCCGAGGCACGUGCCCCGCCGGAGAGGCCGGAGAUGCAGCGGCAGCAUUCCGCGAGAGGCGAGCCGUGGACGCCGAUCGCGGAGGAGGAGUGGCCACCGAGUGUGGCAACGGAGGCACGACGGCAGCGAGGGAGAGCGCGGCAGAAGCGGUGGGCCAAGCUGGUCGUCGCUAACGGGGCCCGGUACCGCAUCAAGGUAUCCGCAACCGGCGACGUCAGCGUUUUCCGCGCGGAAUAA